GCGGGGCAGUUUACGAAGCGACCAUGAACGCAGCAGCAGCCGUUAGCAGAGAGGCAACAGUGAGACGAAGAGGCACUGUGGGCUUCACAAAAUGGUCCAGUGAGCUUGCUCGGAGGAUGCCAGUUAUGAAUCAAAGUAAUCCCAGUCUGUGGACACAGCUCCCUCAGAGUAGUCGGUCUCCAUGUGACCGCUACAAGCAUGUAUGCUGCAGUUAUGAUGGAUAUGUCUAUAUCCUGGGAGGCAGAGAGAGCAGAUGUCUCAGGGACUUCUGGAAGUACAGCGUGGUAUUUAACGAAUGGACAGAGUUGAACUGUACCGGUGAAGCAGCACCAGAAGAGCUAGAGGAACAUUCUAUGGUGGCUCAUGAGGGUUUCCUGUAUGUGUUUGGAGGCCUGUUGGACUCUGCAUACACUCAGUGUAGAUGUCCUCUCUGGGUAUUUGAUAUUGCAAAACAGAAGUGGGUGCACUGCCAGGGAAAGACCAGCAGUUCUCAGACCCAAAUGCCUACCAAUAGAAAAGGACACAGUGCUGUGGUGAUUGACUCUGCUAUGCUGAUGUAUGGAGGUUUCAUAGACAUUAAAGGAUCCUCACAGGACUUUUGGAGGUUGGAUUUUGAUACCAUGGCUUGGUCCCUGCUGAGUGGUUCUGAGCAGGACUCAUUAGGGCCAGGCCCUAGACACAGUCACUCGGCCAUUGCCUGUCGAGGGUGCAUGUACCUGUUUGGGGGCUUAAAAGGCUUGCGGGAGCAGAGAGACUUCUGGAGGUGGAAUUCCACCAGCCAGACAUGGAGUUCCCUCAAAAACAGGUCUGGUCCUCCCAGACUGAUGGGCCACUCAGCUGUGGCCUAUAAGGACAGUAUGCUUCUUUUUGGGGGAGGUGAGACCCAAAACUCUCCAAAGAAUUGCCUGUGGAGGUACAGCUUCACUACUCAGACCUGGAGGCAGGUCGCCACAUUCCCAGGCUCCAACCCUCCAGACAAGAUUCACCACUGCUGUGUUGGGCUCGGUCCCAGCUACAAGUCUACCACCAGUGGUCCCUGCUCUAUCUCCAGACCGCAGCUCAGUUUUCCAGAUUGGAAAUGCAGGCCCUUUAAAAACAAAUGUUUCCCUGCCACACUCAGUUUUCUGGGGUCAGAGGCUGCUAUAGAGCUGGAGACGUUCAGUCCAGACAAGUGCUACCACAGCAAAACACGCAAAAAUUCUUCUGAAGUGAACACAAGUAAAGACGCUUUGAUCGGAACAGAUGCACAGUGGAAAGGAAGCUGUUUGACCUUUGAGAACAAAGCUUUCAAGAAACAGUGGAGCUGCACUGAGGAGGACCUGCUUCAGGAAGAGAAUGAAGAUAUUGCCCAGCAUCUGCCUGAUCUGCUACUGGUUCUAGGGGGAAGACCUUGCACCAGACACAGUCCUAUCUCCAUAUGGCAAAUGACCCUAACUGACUCAUAACAGCCUAUGAUGAACAAACUUUACAAAUAUGGUCUGUAAAAGAGAAGCAUAAAAAACAGUGUUAAAUUAUCACUUUAACAAAUCUUAUGUUUAAAUGUUUACUGACUUUGUGUAUGAGAAUAUAGCUUGACAUAUUUUUAUAACUAACUAAAAUGUUGCAUUAACACAAGCAAUAAAAUUUUGUGUUAACAAUUA